CGCGCUCGGCUCGGCUCCGGGCCUCGACCGAGCCCUCAAACUCGAGAGAUCGCUCCACCUGGCAGCCACCAGUCCUUCCUCUCUCGCUUCGUUGCUCUCGUUCAUCUUCAUCGUUCGCUUCAACUCGCGCGUUAACGAAACGCCGCGGUCGGUUCUUGGUUCGUUCAAGCGAUUGAGUCUCGUGAACGCGAGAGCUUUCCCGAACGUGCGCACCCCUCUUCCGCGAUAGGUGUCAGACGCUCCGUGUCCGCGGUGACGACAACGGACGACAACGUGCAACGGUCGGUACACGAGGGUUGCGCCUGAUAAUCGAAAGGUUCGCGCGAGAUCAGCCCGGUACGACCGCGAUUCGAACACGGCAUACAGGAACACGACGACGAGAACGACAUUGUCGGACUGACUGUCUCGGGACAUCGCUCGCGUCACGGGAUCUCCUAUGUGCCCUCUCAACGUGGACGCCGCCGCACGACGAGGUAUCACGACACCCGGGAUUGUCGCGUGCCCAGGCAAUCAUGGACGUUGAUUGUCCGAUCAUUAGCCUGAAGCGAUCCAGUAGCGCACCGAUGAUUAACGAGAUCAGUAGUGCGACCAUGUCCGUCACUACACCGUCUACGUCGUCGUCGAGGGAUGUGUCAGCCUACAAUGUGUUUCCGAAUUCGCCCCGUUUACGACGCUUCAGCACUAGUCCUCUCAUUCGAUUUCAGAGUCCUGGUAACGUUCCUAGAUUGACGCCAAGAGUUAGCCAGUUGAGACAAGAGGAGUGCAUAGACGUCGCCGGCCAGGAGGCGGCCCACGAGAAGGAAAUUCACAGUGCUAUGCAGAUAUCGCAGUCAUGGGAGGAUCUCACCUUGGAAGCAGAAGGACUGUCGUUCAAGGACUCGGACUCUUCUGUACAGCAACUUAGCAAACUAGAACGACCAAAAAGGCUACUAGAUCCUUUAAGCUUGAAUCUAUCCAUUACCGGGUCACCGCUGUGUUCAUCGCCAUCACCUACUAGAUCUGGAUUUCAGAGACAGUGCUAUUCUCCCAGCAUUCCACACAUUUGGAAGAACAAUUUGUCUCCUAGUCCCACAAGAAAAGCAUUUGCCACGAGGCGCAGUUUGAGUCCUAUCGCAAUAAGACCGAGCUGCUUGGGUCCGGUCAAACGAAAAUUCGAACUGGACGAGAGCGGAUUGGACAACUUGCAACCGCCAAUAAAACGUACCUCCGGCUUACUGACGUCGGUCGCAUCCAGAUUGGAUGCAUUGUCCAGCCCGCUUCCAGGAACAAUCAGUUCCGUCGGCACACCGGAGUCGUUGUCGAGCGCUGACUCGCCUGGUUUCUCUUUCCGACCGGUGGACAGUCCGUCGCCGGGGCGUGUUGUGCCCAACAGCGACAGCGAUUCCCUGUCGGACGCCAGCAAUCAGAGCAAAUCAACGGAUCAGGUGCGGACCGAUCAGACCAGUCAGGACAAUCACAGAUGAACACGAGAGUUUGUCGUCGGUCGCACGAGAGACUGAAGAUCGUUCGUGUUUCACAGAAUCUGAAUUUCUCGCGAAACAUCCUCGUUGUCGAAGAGCUGUGAAUUUUACGCCCGUCGGGGCGUGCGCUCUGACUCUCCUCGUGCUCCCGAGAUGCCAUUUGCGGCGUGCUUCCGCGCAAAUGUCAACUCUCGUCUUGCUUUUGUCCUGGUACGCCUGCUGAGACACGACGCGCAACGGCGGUACGUGAUCGAUCAAGACAAGAACCAAUCGGACGAGAUGCGCGACCACUUGCGUCGACAUAAUGUGUGGCGCGUUAGAAAAGGUAGUAUUUCUGCGAAAUCCUACUUUGGCAGUUGAUGUAUUUUCUCACGUCGGAGAUGUGAUCCAAUGAUGAAAAAAAAAGAGACGAUGAUGGAUGGAACUCCGGUGUUGAUUACGUAACUUACGUAAUUUUUACGCGAGAGAACUGACGGACCUCCUUCUCCGACGCGGUUCUCGAUGUAACAUAGCGCCAACAGUGUUCUCUCUUUUCCCUUCCUUCUCUUUUUUUUGAUUGUGCUGAACCAAACAUAUCGGCGGAAAGACGCUUUAUGUGCCUACAUGUGUAAUCCGUAACGUUUCGCGUUUAGCUCGAGGUGAGAUGCUCGCGUUUCUCCGACCAGGUUCUAUUCCCUUUCUUUUAAUCUUAUGAUACGAGCCUCUGUAUGUAUAUCGUAACUAGUAUAUAUGCGACGAUAACGUCUCGUCCUAUUUCUUUUUUUUAUUACGUUCUAUAAUUCCUUGGCCCUUGUUAUCUAUUUUUAACACGU